GUGAUGUGAACGAAGAUUCUUCUUAAGCGUGGAAAUGUACUGCUGAUAAUGUUGGUGAGGGAAUAUUGGCCUUUGGCUUGAGAAAAUUUAAGUCCCGACCAACUUCUGUUCGUCAGAUUAGAAAUGAAAAACGAAAGCUCUGUUCUUUGAGUCUAGAAACUUCCCUCCUUGCAAUCAUUGUAUCCUGUCGAUAAGAAUGCAUGGUGUAAUCAGCCAAGCAGCUGUAAUUAUAAUAAUAAUGUUAAUAAAGAAAAAGAUAACACGUCACUUUCACGGCCAAUCUUAUAUGUACACCUAAAGACGGUUCCUCCACAGAGUGUUGUGGAAAAAUAAUCAAUAAAAACAGAUGCUACGAUGGCGAAUGUUCAUCUAUAAUCACAUGAGGACAACUCGACACGUAUUAUAUCAUGUUUAAUCGAUGUGACCAACAUUCAUUCACAUAUAUCAUAAAAAAGUAACAAGAAGUUUAAAUUUAUCGAGUGUGGGAUGUUUGCGGUGGCUAAAAAUAUAAAAUCUCAAUAAGGACAGUAAUAUGAAAAUUGGCAGUUACAACGCAAUGCAGCUCAUGGUACUUCUAAUAACAAUUUAUAGUGUUUUUACGACUAACAUCUAAUUUUCAACCAUGAGGCCAGCAAUAUUUAGCAUCGGGAAGAUUUGAAUCCUCCUAUUUAUAUAUAUAUUAAAUAAUAUGCAAUUACAUUAUGUUAAUCUUUAAUUUUGGUCAGUGAACAGGAAAGAAAGAUAAAGAGCAAUAAACUAUAAAUGCAUCAAUGACAGGUCACUAAGUAAAAAAAAAGCCAGAGAGAGAGAGAGAGAGAGAGAGAGAGAGAGAGAGGCCGUUUGUCAUUAUCACUAUUUGGGAAGGUUGAGGCAGAUACCACUCUGCAGGAGUCGAAGGUAGAGACAUUGUGGCGAGUGGCCUGAGAAACCGCAAUCUCCGCGCUUAAAGUGAUGCGCUUUCCACUUUUUCCAUAAAUGUAAAGGGGAAGACUCCUACUGCAGUUUACUGGCUAAAGAAUCGUCACUUAUCGAAUCGCAAUGGUAAAAAAUGUUGAUAACAUAUGAAAAUUGGGAUUCAAAUGUAUAUGUAGAACACAGAAACGAUCGCAGGAUUUAAAUUUUGAAAGAUUAGAUCAGCAGAGUGAGGUAAAACGAAAUUUUCUUGUCCAAAUGAGAGCGAAAUUUCUGGGAGAACAGACGGGGACAAGUGGACCUGGCGGGGCUCACUGCAGUUUCUGUAACUCGAGCUAUCCAGACUUUUGACUAAGUUUGCGACAUGUCACCAGCGACUGAGGCUCAUUAGGUUCUCUCUCUCUCUCUCCCUCUCUCUCUCCCCCCCUCCCCAGGUUCUCUCUCUCUCUCUCCCCUCUCUCUAUCUAAACCGCCAUUCCUUUUCCUUAUAGUUUGAUGUUUCUGUGGGAGGUGGUCCAUGGGGGGUUUUGUGGCCAAGAGCAGGAAGGAAACAUAAACCAGGGUUGUGUACAAACGGCUGAUUUCAACUCUUUCUUUGUCUCUCUAGAGAAAAAUCUCAACUCCUGAUGCUCCACAAAAUCCAAAUCUAAGCUCUCCUUUCUUUCCCAGGGUAGUCUCCCCCUCUCUCUCUCGUUUAACCCUUUUCUGAUAAUUUCAUCUCUUCAAGGCUUCAGAAGAGAAGAGAACAAUCUCUCUCUCUCGCUCGGUGCCGUUUCUGUACCUUCACCCUUUUCUGACAAUCCCACCCUUUCCAAAUCACAAGCUAAAAAAAGAAAAAGUUUUCUCUCUCUCGCUGAAGGUUGAAAAGCCAACAUCACAGGACUGUUGCAGCCCUCACAGCCAUCAUCUAAGACCUCUCUGUUGCUCUCUGUGACGAGAAUUCUCCAUUACCAACGUUCCAUAAUCUCCUAGUUUAUCAAUGAGAGACAGGCUGCUGGUGGGUGCAAUACCGACAGCCACCAUCCAUGGCGAACCAAAGCAAGAGCCCGUACAUUCACCCAAUCCCCCUCCCCAAAACGAGACCAAGAACGCCACUAGGCCCACGACCCCCAACAACUACUACGACGCCAGCCCCGGCUUCAAUUCCUCCAUGGCCGUCACCAUCCUGGUCCUCCUGACGGCACUUUUCUUCAUGGGCUUCUUCUCCGUCUACGUCCGCCGCUUCGCGGAGGAGAACUCAUCCGAAGCCGCGCGACGCCGCAGACGGGCAGCUGCUGGAAACCGGCGGUCUGGCGCCAGCCCUUCCUCCUCCCAGGGCCUCGAUCCCGUCCUAGUGAGCUCGCUGCCCACCUUCCCUUACAAGAAGGUCUCGCCGAAGGACGACGCCGAUUGCGCUGUCUGCCUCUGCGAGUUCGACCAGGGAGAAAUGGUGAAGGUCCUGCCCGUCUGCGGUCAUUUGUUCCACGCGGACUGCGUCGAUACCUGGCUCUUGUGUCGCACAUCCUGCCCACUCUGCCGCGCCACUCUGGUCCCUCCUCCUCCGCCGCCAAAGGAGCCGCAGAGAGACGCAUUAGAUGAAAGGGAGACGGUGGUGGAAGCCGCGGCCGCUUCUGCCAAUGCUGCGUCACCGGAGAAUGCGGGUUUUAUAUUAGUGGUCAGAACGGUGGAGAGUUUUCUGCCGCCAGGACAGUCGGAGUCCCGCGUGCGUAGGUCCGGCAGUGGGUGUAGUUUAUCUCGUGGGUUGGAGGUGGAGGGGACUCAGCCGAGGCGGAGUUGUAGUUUCUGACGGCAAAAGUGAGGAAGAAAGUGUCUAGAGCGAGAGAGAGAGAUGAAUGUGACUGAGGGGUGUGUUUUUUGUCUUUUCAUCUCAAAUGGAUGAAAUGUAGUUUUUUUUUUUUUUAUGUGAAUACAAUUUGAUAGUCGUGUAAAAAAGAAGAUGGUGUUUUCUGUUUCAUUGUAUAGAAGUUACCUUUUCUGUGAGAAUGCACUUUUUCUUUUUCUUUU